AGAAGAGCUACUAAAUAGCGGCAUCUAUCGUAUAUUAAUUGAACUAGUAAUUUUUUAUUGGUAAAACAGCCAUCUAUAAUGCCGCGUUGGCAUAUAUAACAAAUAUAAUACUACUAAAAACAAUAUUAGUCUGUUUCUUAUUAUCAAAAUAGAUUUAAGGUGCUCCGUUAUAUUGCAGUAUUUUAUCUUCGGAUUUCCAAGUUAAAUGUACUGAGAUUGUGCACCCUGGGUGUUGUCAAUUUGUGAAUCACAAGUUUUCCAGGUUUUCUUUUACAAUAAUAAUUAUUUUUCCUUAUUGAUUUGGCGAUACAACUAUGGGUCUGAAAGAAGCGGCUAUUUAUUUAGAUAACGAAUUGAAUACUUAUUAUGCUGGACAAACAGUAAAUGGGAGGAUUGAAUAUGUUUUCGAUAGCCCGAAAAAAGUUCGAGGUAUUCAAGUAAAGUUUAAAGGUGAAGCACAUACAGAAUGGAAUGAAAGUAAAGAGGAAUCAGAUGACCAGGGUAAAUCCCAAACGACGGAUACUACGCAUACGGGGAAUGAAGAGUAUUUUCAAAUUUCGUACUAUCUUCUUGGGAGCAAUACAGGUAAUGAAAUAGAAAUACCUGCUGGUAAGCAAGUGUACAACUUUACCUGUGCACUACCACCAGUGCUGCCAUCUUCCUUUGAAGGUCAACAUGGGUACAUUAGAUAUACAAUAAAAGUGAUCUUGGAUCGUCCGUGGAAAUUUGAUCAGGAAACUAAAAUAGCAUUUACUGUUAUUAAUGCUCUGGACCUUAAUCUUAACCCGUCUUAUAAGGGACCAAUUCAUAUGCAGAUGGAAAAAACGUUUUGUUGUUUUUGUUGUACAUCCCUACCACUGUCGGUAGAUGUGAGGGCACCAGUCUCCGGAUACUGUCCUGGACAAGUGAUACCAAUACAAAUUGAUGUUGAAAACAAGAGUAAUGUAGAACUGAGUCUUGUUAAAUUAUUUCUGAGGAAGGUUGUCACAUACAGAGCGACAUCUCCAUCUACCGCAACAAAGAAGACCAAGGAGGUGAUCCUGACUAUCCAGCAGGGGCCGGUGGCGGCUGGGGCCACGGGCCACUGGAGCCUCACCAUGGAGGUGCCUCCGCUGCCGCCCUCCAACCUCGUCAAUUGCAGCAUCAUUGAUUUAGAUUAUGAUUUAAAGGCUGAAUGUGAAGUACCGUUUAUGCAUUUUAACAUGAAGGACAAGAAGUACAUUACGAUUGGGACUGUCCCACUGGUGGGCCUCAAUGGGCAGAGCGCGCCCUCCGCACCCUUGCCCGAGGGCGCCCAGGGCCAGUCCGCAGUGCUACCUGUUAGUCCUGGACAACCUAAUAUGCCGAUGGGUCCCGGCGGCUCUGCGCCCGGGGGCUGGGUGAUGCCGGUGCCCGGACAACCGCCUUACCAAAACUUAUAUCCUACUUUGACUCAACCAGUAUACAAGGAAUCUCCGUACGCUGCUCGCACCAUACAGGACAGGGGUGAUAGUAAUCACGUGACUAUAGCCGGGCCUGUCAACUUCGCCCCCUACUACCCCACGUACGCUGCAGUACAACCCCCUCCAUUACCACAAUAAAGUGUACACUGAGUUGGCACGUCAGGUUAAAGAGUACUCUUGAUCACGAUGUGCCAAUUGAAAAGUAUGCUCGUGGGAAUUAACGCUAUUCUGGCUGCUCCUAAUGGUAACGAUUUUUGAUAGCUUUUUACAGUAAUGGUGCUUGGUGCUGACAUAAAAAUUGGCUUUAACUGAAUGUGUUGUCAAAAUGUUUUUAAAAUAUUUUUUUAUAUAUUUGUAUUUGAAUGUAUACAAAAACUUUAAACAGUUACCAAAGUAAAUGAACCAUAAAUUCUAUGCAAAUUCCCGAAAACUAUCAACUUUUUCAUAAUUUUCAUUAUCAUUCAUCAAACAAAGUACAUUGAUAUUUAAUUAUGAGCUCAAAUAUUAUUU